GUUUUGCACUCUAGGUCUUGACCUAUCAAGAACUCUCAUGCCAACAUGCACACAACAGUACGAAACCCGCUUACCGGUAUUCACGUACCAGUAACUGACGACGGUGCUUCAGGCGACAUGUCGUCAUCUACCGGUACACCCCACGGCCUCGAUCAACAGGCGCCGUGCUCUCUCCGUUACCUGCGCGGAGGAGAACAGCGGCGCAAGAGCAAGGGAGCGCAAAGGGCCGUCACCGACUGCGGCGUGCAGGGUAUCAUAGCACUCUCCCUCUCUUUGCAUCCAAAGGACGACGAGGCAAGUGCACUAACCACCUCCAACGGCGUGUCAACCAGUGCCCCGGCGUGUCCCCCACACUUCCGCGGCCCCACGCAGCAGCAUGGAGGCCUUGCCGUACAGCAGCUCGUCCGUUUCUUCCUCUUUGCCCACCCACCUGACGCGGCCAGGGGUGCUGCCGCCUCUGCGCUCGCCACCUGCUCCGCUCCCGGCGGAAAGCCGUAGCUGCCCAGCACCCCUGCAGCAGGAGGGGAUACAGGGGGAAGGAAGGACAACCGUGUGUGUGGAAUGGUAUUGGAAAGAGGAGUAAAAGGGGAAGGGGAGCCAGCAGGUAUGGGCGUAUGGCAUCAGGGGGGGCGGGAAAGCAGUAGCCGGCUGCAGUGGGCUCGCAACGGCAGCUGCAGUUGCAGCCCUAGGAAACCGCCCACUGCAACCGCCAAGCAACGAACCUGCCUCUAGGGCGCCAUGAGCCAUACAGCCCACUGUCUAUGCACGCAACCCCAACUCCCCAAGCCCACGCGCCCCCAUCCAUCCCGCACGAACGCAUGCGCGGCGCACCUGCUCCCCCCGGCGCGCGGCUGCGCAGCUGCUGCGGCAGCUCCUCCACCGGAUGCAUGGCGCUCAGCAUCUGACUGGGGGGAGCACCUGCACCGCCCGCAUCGGCGCUGGCGGGGUCCAUGUCGGAGGGGCCGGAGGAGGAGGCCUCGAAGGGCGCGUAGCUGCCCAUCACGCCGGCGCCGCCGCUGGUGCGGACUCACAAGGAACAAUUUAUAUUCCAGUACAACCGAGACCGAGAUGCCGCUGGCAUUUCAUUGGAACUGGCUGCUUUGCGGUGGAGCGUGCUACGUUUCAAAGGUAUGGACUGGUGCGAACGAUACCUACUCUUGCCAUGGCGAAAAGCGCCCAUAGGCGCAGAGCUGACUUUGCUGUUUAUCCUCCUGUUCCGGCACCCUACACAGACUCCUGAUAUUGAUGAAAUAGGUCUACCUCUGAGGCGAGCGGCCAACGCUAUUCGCCGUCACGAGCGACGAAGCUCCUCACCUGGAUCUGACUGGGGCGGGGAUGACGACUUCCCCUGACACGGCUGUCGGGGUCUGGGUUGCUUCUAUGACAGACAUGGGAAGCCUUGAGUAACGGCGCAGAGCAGAAAGGUGCAUUACGCGGGGUGCUGGGAAUGGUGGAAGAUAGAUGGGAUUUGCGGAGGGUGUGGCUGCGGGGGAGGUAUGCAGGUGGUACGUGAAGUCCAGGUAGGAGUUGUAUUGUACAGCUUAACCCAGGUAUUAGGCCUUCUGCGGAGGGUGUAUGAUUUAGCUCGUCGCAUUGCUCACGCUGG